UUUUUUUGUCCCACAAAUACAUGUAUCUGAGCCAUUUUUUAUUAAAGGAAAUUUUAUCUAAUAAUUGCACUUUGUUGUGAAUUCUGAAUGAAGCAUCAUAAAUUAAAACGAUUGGACUGUUAAAAAUACGAUAUAAAAACCUUGACACAUAAAUAUUUUGUUUCAGCUGAAGCAAACUAUAUCACAUUUUCAAUUUACUACAUGGCCUGAUCACGGAGUCCCCGUAACAACAUCAGGGAUUUUCAGACUUCAUAAAGCAGUUUCUGAAAUUAGUUGUUCAACACCGAUUAUAGUCCAUUGCAGUGAUGGAGUGGGUCAAACCGGCACGUACAUUGCGUAUGAUUAUCUUUUGGAUCAAGUUGAAAAAGAAAGCGCUAUUGACAUUUAUAAAUGUGUUCAUACAUUGAGGAAACAAAGAGUAGAUAUGGUUCAAAACGUGGACCAAUAUAUCUUCGUACACAAGCUAUUGGUUGAACAUUAUCUUUUUGGUGACACUGAAAUGAAUGAAGAACAACUUCGAGAGCUGAUGCAAAGCAAAAAUGCGGAUCAACUUCUAUUAGAAUUUCAAAAUCUAACCAAAAUUCCACCAAUGAAUUUAAAGAGAGAUGACGACGAAGAGAAAUACAGAAAAAUGAAUCGAAAUCAAAAUAUUAUUCCAUACAAACGAAACAAAGUCGCAGUUGUCCCAAUGCCAGAAGAUACAGAAACCCCUUACAUCAAUGCUUCUGUUAUGGAGACGUAUGAAGGAAGCGGUAAAGUGAUUGCUGCCCAAGGACCGAUGGGAUUAUCUGUCGAAUAUUUUUGGAGAGCAAUAAUGGACAAUGAUGUUAGUGUUAUUGUCAUGUUGAAUCAAGCAAUAGAAGAAGAAAAGCAACAAUGCUUCCAAUAUUGGCCUGAUAAAAUCGGCAGCAAAUUGCAAUUCGGCAACAUUGGAGUUGAAUUGUUCGAAGAAACGUCUGAAAAUGAGAUCAUCGUGCGCAGGCUCAAUGUCACGAGAGAUAAACAAUCGAAGCCUAUCUUGCAUUAUCAGCAUCCAAAUUGGUGUUCAAAAAAGUCGCCCGGUCCCUCAUCUGUGUUGAAUUUGGUUACAAUUUUCCAGCAGUAUUCACCAUUGGUGACGCUCGUUCAUUGCAGUGAUGGAGCAGGACGCACUGGCAUAUUUUGCACAAUAUACAAUUUAUGUCAAAGAUUUAAAGUAGAGAAACGAAUCAAUGUUUUCCAAACUGUGAAAGACUUGCAAGAUUGUAGACCCGGAAUGGUUCAAACAGAGGACGAAUAUAAACAUUGCUACGAAAUUAUGCUGGCAUAUAUCAAUUCAUUUAGUCUUUAUGAAAACCUAAACUGUCCGAAACAAAAAUCAUCUGGUCCAGGAGGCACUCAGAAUUUGUAUGAAAGUAUAAGUGCAAUAAAUAUAGCAAGAUGAAGAAUACAUAUUAAUGAUAAUUUUUCAUGCGCCUUUAUAUUUAGACGCCUUGGCUGUCAGCCAAGUCUGCUACUAUCUCUCAUCUAUGCUUAUCAAUAUACAAAUACUCUUAAUAAACGUUAUGUACUUGAUUGCUCAUGUCUACUCUACUAUUGGAUUUUCAAUAUGCAUAUUUAUUAAUUUUUGACAUCAUUUUGAAAUUAUCUUUAUGUGAAAAUGUAUGUUGGAC